AUGGCGUUGGGUAACGACGAGGCAGUAACACUAGUAACAAAUAUAGAAUAUGGCCCAAGAGGAAUCUCCGAUCACUCACCGAUCGAGUUGACAAUAAAAGCUAGGGGUAAAUGGUACCCCAAUGAAUGGAAAAUUAGCCCUCACUGGCUCGAGCUAAUGAGUGAACACAGUAUGGUGAUGUCUGCUCUCAAAGAAUUUCUACAGAUAAAUGUGGGAACUGCAUCAGUGGGGGUGGUAUGGGACACCCUAAAAGCUCACCUCCGAGGUCUCCUGAUUCAAAAGAUAGCAGGGAUUAAGAGGAAGAACAGGGAGGGAGAGAGCGAGAUAAGGAAGCAGUUGUUACAGGCAGAGAAGAGAUACUUUGAAGCCCCAACCUCGCACAGUUUAAAAGAGUGCUCCAAGAGGAGAGAGGGGACCGAAGGACCGGGAAAUUUUCUCCUGGGAAUGUCCGUUCUGACCCUGUCGGAGGAAGAUAACAUUGAUAUGGAGGCGCCAAUUACUCUAGAUACAAGCUUUUCCUGUACUGAGUGCGGGAAAUGUUUUGUACAAAAAUCAGAACUUGUCAAGCAUCAGAGAUCUCACACAGGGGAGAAGCCAUUUUCCUGUCCUGAGUGUGGAAAAUGUUUUUCGGUUAAGUCAAAUCUUUAUCGUCAUCAGAGAUCGCACAAAGGUGAGAAGCCGUAUUUCUGUCCUGAGUUCAGGAAACGUCUUCCUCGGAGGUCUUGCACAGGAGUAAAGCCGUACUCCUGUAAUGAGUGCGGGAAAUGUUUUUCACAUACGUCCAGCCUUUACAUACAUCAGAGACUGCACAAAGGUGAGAAGCUGUAUCCCUGUUCUGAAUGUAGUAAAUGUUUUGUACAAAAAUCAGAGCUGGUCAUACAUCAGAGAUCUCACAUGGGGGAAAAGGCGUACUCCUGUAAUGAGUGUGGGAAAUGUUUUACACAUAAAUCAAAACUUGUCAGACAUCAAAGGACUCACACAAAGGAAAAACCGUAUUCCUGUUCUGAGUGCGAGAAAUGUUUUUCACAGAAGUCCAAUCUUUACAGACAUCAAAGAUCUCACACGGGAGAAAAGCCGUAUUCCUGUCCUGAGUGUGGGAAAUGUUUUUCAGAAUCGUCCAGUCUUUAUAAUCAUCAAAGACUGCACACGGGGGAGAAACCGUUUUCCUGUUCUGAAUGUGGGAAAUGUUUUAUACGAAAAUCAGAACUUGUCAAACAUCAGAGAUCUCACACAGAGGAGAAGCCAUACUUAUGUUCUGAAUGCGAGAAAUGUUUUUCACAGAAGUCUCAUCUUUCCAGACAUCAGAGGUCUCACACGGGGGAGAAGCCGUAUUCCUGUCCUGAGUGUGGGAAAUGUUUUUCAGGGAAGUUCAAUCUUUACAAACAUCAGAGAUCGCACACUGGGGAGAAGCCGUAUUCCUGUCCUGUGUGU